UCCAUACAUACACCUCAAACCCCUCCCUGCGAGACAGCCUCCAAAAAAAUCUGGAGCACAUACAGUAACAGUAGCCCAGGCCACCACCUCCAGCUCUGGAGAGAGAAAAGGAGGAGAAAAAGGAGGGGACAAUAACUCGAUUGGGAGAAAGAGAGAGAUAGAGAGAGAGACAUACAAGUGAAGGGAGGAGGGAGAAGAGAAGUGGUCACAGACAGAAGAGAAGAUCAAAAGAGAUCGGGAGAUGCAGCGCGAGUUCGAGCAGCUGCAGCAGGAGCACAGCCAAGAAAGCAGCAGCUGCAACCGCUUCCACUACCCUGACUCCCUCUCUCUCUCAGGCUGAGGAGAAGCUGCUCCGUCCGUGCUGGCCUCCGUCCCUCUCUGAUCCGCCGUCUAAUUCUUCGGCAGCUCCACCACCCUAGCUUAGCACUCGCAGCAAUUGAAGGCUAGCUAGCUCGGGGCGCGCGGCGGCCGGCCAUGGAGGACACCCUCAAGUCGCUGUCCAUGGACUACCUCAACCUGCUCAUCAACGGGCAGGCCUUCAGCGACGUCACGUUCAACGUGGAGGGCCGCCUCGUGCACGCGCACCGCUGCAUCCUCGCCGCGCGCAGCCUCUUCUUCCGCAAGUUCUUCUGCGGCGGCGCCGCCGCCGACCAGGCCGCCGCCGCCGCCGCGCCGCCCGGAGCGCUGCUGCUGGACCACCUCAGCCCGCGCUCCCCGUCUGGCGCCUCCGCCUCCUCCCCGCGCGGCGCCGGCGUCUCCGCGGCAGCGGCGGCCGCGCCGGGCGCCGUGAUACCGGUGAACUCGGUGAGCUACGAGGUGUUCAUGCUGCUGCUGCAGUUCCUGUACAGCGGGCAGGUGUCCCUGGUGCCGCAGAAGGGGGAGCCCCGGCCGGGCUGCGGCGAGCGCGGGUGCUGGCACACCCACUGCGCCGCCGCCGUCGACCUCGCGCUCGACACCCUCGCCGCCGCCCGCUCCUUCGGCGUCGAGGAGCUCGCCCUCCUCACCCAGAAGCAGCUGGCCGGAAUGGUGGAGAAGGCCUCGAUCGAGGACGUGAUGAAGGUGCUGAUGGCGUCGCGGAAGCAGGACCUGCACCAGCUCUGGACCACCUGCUCCCACCUCGUCGCCAAGUCCGGCCUCCCGCCGGAGGUGCUCGCCAAGCACCUCCCCAUCGACGUCGUCGCCAAGAUCGACGAGCUCCGCCUCAAGACCUCCAUGUCCCGCCGCUCGCCGUUCCUGGCGCACCACCACCCGCACCACGCGGCAGGCAUCGAGGCCUCCUCCGCCGGCGAGCUCGACGACCACCACAAGAUCCGCCGCAUGCGCCGCGCCCUCGACUCCUCCGACGUCGAGCUCGUCAAGCUCAUGGUCAUGGGCGAGGGCCUCAACCUCGACGAGGCGCUCGCGCUGCACUACGCCGUCGAGAACUGCAGCCGGGAGGUCGUCAAGGCGCUCCUCGAGCUCGGCGCCGCCGACGUCAACCACCCCGCCGGCCCAGCCGGCAAGACGCCGCUGCACGUCGCCGCCGAGAUGGUGUGCCCCGACAUGGUCGCCGUGCUGCUCGACCACCACGCCGACCCCAACGUGCGCACCGUCGAGGGCGUCACGCCGCUCGACAUCCUCCGCACGCUCACCUCCGACUUCCUCUUCAAGGGCGCCGUGCCGGGCCUCGCGCACAUCGAGCCCAACAAGCUCCGGCUGUGCCUCGAGCUCGUGCAGUCGGCGGCCAUGGUCAUGUCCCGGGAGGACGCUCACACCGCCACCGCGGCGGUCAACGCCGCGCCGAUGUACGGCGAGCCUUCCGGGGGCGCCGGGGGGGCCGUGUACAAUGCGAGCGGCACCAACUCAAGCAUGGUGAAUCUGAGCUUGGACAACAGAAUGGUGUAUCUGAACCUAGGGAUGGACGCGCAGUUCGGCAAGAUGGGCGACGGCGGCGACGGCGAUGACGGCGGGAGCAGAGGGCAAGGAGGCCCGUCGUCUUUGUUCUCCCCGCAUGGCUACCAUUGACAAGCCGGAGCGUGCAGCUGCUCUACUAUCUCCUUGUAAGCUUAGAACUAAUUAAAUUACAUGCUAUUCAUAUCCACAUUACAGGAGAUGAUGAGAAUCCUUUUGCCCUAUCAUCCUCUGACUCUUAGUAGAGAUUUAGAGAGGGACCAUGCAUGCAAAUGAUGCAUCACAAGAGUAUCUUGGUGAGUUAAUCUUUCGGUUGUCUUGUAGUUCUAUUGGUGGGGUGUUGUUUUGGAAGUCUUAAGAGGUGUUAAGUAAGAGGUAAAACUGUUUUUGUUGAUGGGUCA